UAUUUUCUUUUUUCAUUUAUUCUGUAAUCCCCUGAAUUAAGUUUCUCUUCAAUUAAUUGGAUAAUGUUUAUUUUGUAUUGUAGGAGAUUGAUCAAUUUAAUCCUCAAAAAUGGCCUUAACUAUGAAGCAAUUUUCGUUGAUAGUGGGCUUUUCUGGUGUGUUGUCAUUCAUUUUUGGAGUUGUUGCUGAAUACAGAAAGCCUGCUUCAGGCACCCCAAUCCCAGAAAUAGGUGUUGAUAUGUGCAAAUACCCAUCUGAUUGGGCAACAGUGGCUUUGGGGUAUCUAUCCAUAGCAUUCCUCAUAGUAUCAACAAUAUUUGGGAUUUGGUCAUUGUUUUAUCCAUACAAAGGAAAGUCCAUUCCAAAAGGUAAAUUGUUGAGGAGCAGUACUACCUUUAUGGUUUUCUUCAACACUGGUUUGUUCACAGCAGGAAUAGGUGCAGCCCUGUUGUUGUGGCCUACACUCACAGAGCAAUUCCACCACAGCAACUCAGAUUGUCCUACUGCCAAAACUGGUCUGCUCGGUGGUGGUGCUUUUGUGUCUCUUGAUUCAACAUUUUUCUGGCUCGUUACAUUGAUGUUAGCUAAAAAUGCUCGUCGGGAUUACUUUGAGCAGGAGCUAGAAAAUGAUGAACACCUACAUCUCACCGUGUGAGAGUGUCAAAUUCAUAUAGCCAUCUUGUUUUGCUUACUUAAUCUACACAACUCAAUUGUGUUGUGUAAAUUAACUUUUUUUUUUGUUAAUUUGUGUAAAUUAACUUAGUGUGGUCUUAUAUGUUUUAUAAUUUUUUUUUUAUAUAUAUAUACACACACUUUAGAGACGGGGAUUUGAAUUUAAAAUCUCCUAAGAAGUGUGGUAGACUAGUCAAUUAUCACAAGGAGAGUGUAAAGGGAUUCUUUUUUAUACUUUCUCUAUAAUUUAAUGACAAAUAUUAUAUUUCUAACAUUAAUUUAUUUGUACCUACUUAAUAAUUAGUAAUAGUAUUGUUACCUUAUUAUUAUUUUUUUUUAUAAAUUUGAAUGUAAUCUAUAGUAUUGAUCUAAUUAUUAUGGCUCGGAAUCUACAUCAUGUUUACUAAUAAAUAAUGAGAAUUAAAGGUAAACUAAUUAUUCUUUUACAUUUGUUUACUUACAAUAUUAAAAUUAGAAAAUAGAUAACUUGAUUAAAUAUGAGAUCAAAGAUAGGGAAUACUUCUCCCACCAAUUUAGUAAGGAAUGCAAUUAAGAGUUAUGGAUUUUAUUUAUUUUUAUUUUACCUUUUUAAUAUUAAAUAUAUAGUGACAAUUUAUUUUUUUAAAAUAUGUCUAACAAAAUAACUAUCAUAUACUAUAGUUUAACUCAAAAGGGUAAUUUAGUUAAUUUAAAGAUUCCGAUUCCGUUCCCUCAUAAGUAAACAUGAUAAAUCACUAUUAUUUGAUUUUAAAAAAAUUUUAGUAAACAACAUAUUAUAAAUAUUGAUUCCUAUUAUUCCUCAUUUAUUUGGUUACAUUUCUUUAUUAAUUUAUUCCGAUUCUGAAUACUGUAUAGUAAAUGUGUGAUAAGUGUAAUUAUUACUAUCUUAUUAGUUAUAAUAUAAUAAUAAAAUUAUUUUAGUAAUUUUUAUUUAUAGCU